AUGACGUCUUCUUCCUCCUUAUCCGUCAUUACAUUCCUCCUCUUCGUGCAUCUCUCUUUGUCUCGUGAGUCCUCUCCGCAAAUCCCAAGCGUAACAAAUCUCUCUUUACUCUGGUACGGACAAUUCACACCGGUUCAAAAGGAGAGGGUUCACGAUUUGCUUAACUUUGACGCCAAGGAAGGUCUUGAUCCAAAGGUAUCGUCGUGGGGGAAAGGGGAGAGUUAUCAAGAGAGGUAUGAGGUCAAGGAUAUUUACCGACAGAGAAAGAAGAAUAACAAAACAGUAGUUCCGAGGAUUAAGGUGAAGAUUGUCCGUAGUUACAUAGAUAAGAAGAUGAUAUUUGGAAAUGAUUUGACAAUCGAUAAUGGUGAGAUAGAAGUCGAAAACGGCCGUAGGAAACAUAUCGUAAGUGGUGUCGUGGUAUUACUUGCACCACAAGUUAGGGCUCAGGGGUUAGGGCUUUGUAACAAAACUUGCCAACAGUACGGCCUUACCGUCAAUGAUAUUAUUAAAGGUAAAAAGAAACAACAACUGUACAUAAUAGUGAGCAACCCGGAGGUGCAACGUCUCGGAUGGUGUGCUUGGUCUUUCCAAAUUGCCAGUAAGGGUCCACAUGGCAUGACCAAUCAACCACCAAGUGGUGAAAUAGGAGCGGAUGCAUUGGUUAUUCAGUUAGCCACCGGUUUAGCAGACGUCACCAUCAAUCCAGCUUUAACCGAAUCCUUGUUCAAAUCUGAGCCACCUUGA